AUGAAACAAAUCCCUACACGCUACCCACCUUUGCACUGUUCACCAGUCACCUCCUCUGCCAUGGCUCAUGGCUCAACACAGCGGUACCCUUACACCGUUACCCAGACCCUUCUCACUCAUCUGCCAUGGCUCAGCGGUAGCACACACCAUUCACACCAACGUUCUCAGGGGCAGCACACACACCAGCGACAGCUCAGCCCAGGUACUUUCCUCUCCCCCUCUCUUCCUCUCUCUCUCCAAUCGCUUAGCAGCACACACACCAUUCAUAUUCACACACACGAAUCCCUUUCACCAAUGACCGACUUUUGA